AUGACUGAUAUAAAUCGCCUGCCAGAAGGUAUUACUGAUUGCCAGAGGAAUGAGGAAGCUGGACGGUGUGAUGAAAAUGGCCAGUAUAGACCUUCUUACCAAGAUCCAUCCACCCAAAAGUCAUUUUGUGUUGACAGCAAUGGGAAGAGAAUAGACUGGACAGAGACAGAUGGUCCUUUGACGGAUUCCCAGUGUUUGGGACAAGAUUUCACUACAGUGGGAGUCAAGACAUUUGAGAAGACCGAUUUUCAGGAUGUUGUUUCUGGCGUGUACAGCAUUUCGGUUGUAUCAGCAUCUGGUACAUCUUUGACAGAUGUUCAUCUCUUCUGCCGCCAAGCCUGUCACCAAGAUGCUUGCUGUGAUGGCUUUAUCUUAAGCCAGCUCAUACUUGAUGGAGGCAGCAUUGCAUGUAGCCUGCUGAGUUCUCCAAGCGCAUUGAUCUGCAACCUUAAUGACUGGGAUGGGAGCUCAACCCGUCGACAAGGCGAGAUCUGUCAACGCACAAAGUACAAUGAAGGGAAGAGCCAAUACACAGUCAGAAUUGGAGACCAAGUGCUUGCUGGAGCGUCGACCAAGAAGCUCUUUUCUAUAGUGGAAAGCGACCAAAUAUUGAUCGAACCGAAUCGUUCUCUGCCAUCUCAAAAAUACUGGCUUUUCAAGCAGAGCUACACAGCCGAAGAGGCUGCUCUCUGGUGCCUCACACGUUGUAGAGAGGAUGAGUUUUGUCUACUGGCCGAUAUCCCAAAUAACACAGACACAGCAUUCUUUCCUUGUACCCUCUACCCAGCAGCCCAAGUCUGUAACACUUCCAUUAACAAUGUCCCCAACAACUGCAAGAUUGUGUUACCUCAAAAGCCCCAACUUUUAUAUCGGAAGACAGAUUCUGACAUGAUGACUCGCACUGGAUCUUCUAUGUGUGAUGCUACUCUUGUUCCACCACAGUCUAAGUCUCUUCUAUCAGUCUGUUCAAAGGACAACCGGUGCCGAGUGACCACACUUGAAACGUUGCCAUCAGCAGUACGAUGUGUAUUCUACCCAGAAACCCAGAGUUGUACCUUGAGUCUACAAGGCCACCGCUGUCGUAUUUUGCUCAAGGAGCCAGCUACUUACAUCUAUCGAAAACAAGGUGUGAUCCUAGCCACUGGUGAAGGAAACUAUGAGCCUUCAGUAGUGAUCCCAUCACAAGGGACCAUGUUGGGCGUCUCUCGAGUAAUUCAAGUGGGUUCUGAAUGGAAGAGCAUUGGAAGCUUCCUUGGGGUUCCAUAUGCAGCACCUCCGGUGGGAGAGAAUCGGUUCCAUCCUCCACAGCCUUUCACCUGGACAGACUUCUGGAACGCCACCACAACCCGGUCAGCAGAGAUCCUUCCAGUGACUUUGCUGCCCUCCAAGAUUUUUGUCUCUCAGGGAGGGAAUCUACCAGUGCUGGUUUUCUUCCACAACAGCCUAAAUGCUGAUGAUCAAGACAAAAAGGCAGCCCUUGAUGGAGCCUACUUAGCCGGAGUUGGAAAUCUCAUUGUCGUAACUGCAAAUUACCGUGUAGGAGUUUUUGGCUUUUUAAGCACUGGUUCUAGUGUUGCAAGUGGAAAUUGGGGCCUUUUGGAUCAAGACAUGGCUCUACAAUGGAUAAGGAGGAACAUUGCAAGGUUUGGGGGAGACGCGGGACAGAUAACAAUUGGAGCCCCUGACAGGGGAGCAGAUAUUAUCAGCCUUCACCUCCUUAAGAGAACUUCGAAUCCAAUCCUGUUCAAGAGGGCACUACUGAUGGGCGGAUCUGCUUUCUCUCCAGCCAUAACACUCAGCAAAGAGAAAGCACAAUCACAAGCUGCCGUUUUGGCUCGCGAAGUGGGCUGCCCAUCAACCAGCAGUCGUGAAAUUGUCUCGUGCCUUCGUCAGUUGCCUGCCAAAACACUUAACGAUGCACAAACCAAGGUGCGUUGA